GGCCGGGCCGCCCGGCGGGCGGAAGAUGCUGCGCACCGGGGGCCGGUAGUACUAUGAUUUGGUAUGUGGCCGCUUUGGUAGCAAGUGUGCUCGGCGCCCGCGGGCUGCCCGUCCAAGGUGCCCUCGGCUCGAGGGAGGAGCCCGAGUUCGUGACCGCUCGCGCUGGCGAGAGUGUGAUCCUGGGAUGCGACGUGAUCCACCCGCUCACGGGACAGCCCCCUCCCUAUGUCGUGGAGUGGUUCAAGUUUGGCGUCCCCAUCCCCAUCUUCAUCAAGUUUGGGUUUUACCCUCCCCAUGUGGACCCAGAGUAUGCCGGCCGGGCCAGCCUGCACGACAAAGCCUCCCUGCGCAUUGAGCAGGUGCGCUCUGAGGACCAGGGCUGGUACGAGUGCAAAGUGCUCAUGCUGGACCAGCAGUACGACACCUUCCACAAUGGCAGCUGGGUCCACCUCACGGUCAAUGCUCCCCCCACGUUCACGGAGACCCCGCCGCAGUACGUAGAGGCGAAGGAGGGCAGCAGCGUCACCCUGACCUGCAUGGCAUUCGGGAACCCCAAGCCCAUCGUCACCUGGCUCAGAGAGGGAGACCUUUUGGGUGCCAAUGGCAAGUACCAGGUGAGCGACGGGAGCCUCACGGUGCUCUCGGUCAGCCGGGAGGACAGAGGUGCCUACACCUGCCGGGCCUACAGCAUCCAGGGCGAGGCUGUGCACACCACGCGCCUGCUUGUCCAAGGACCUCCCUUUAUCGUUUCCCCUCCGGAGAACAUCACAGUCAACAUCUCCCAGGAUGCUCUGUUCACCUGCCAGGCCGAGGCGUAUCCUGGGAACCUCACCUACCUGUGGUACUGGGAGGAGGAGAACGUCUACUUCAAGAACGACUUGAAGCUGAGGGUGCGGAUCCUGAUCGACGGGACGCUGAUUAUUUUCCGUGUCAAACCAGAGGAUGCUGGAAAAUACACCUGUAUCCCCAGUAACAGCCUGGGCCGCUCGCCAUCAGCCUCUGCCUACCUGACAGUGCAGUAUCCUGCCCGUGUGGUGAACAUGCCCCCCAUCAUCUACGUUCCCAUCGGGAUCCACGGGUACAUCCGCUGCCCAGUGGAGGCGGAGCCGCCGGUCACGCUGGUCAAGUGGAACAAGGACGGGCGUCCCCUGCGAAUCGAGAAGUAUUCUGGCUGGAACCUGCUGGAAGACGGGUCGAUCCGGAUCGAGGAGGCCACUGAAGAUGCUCUCGGCACUUACACCUGUGUGCCUUAUAACGCCCUGGGUACGAUGGGCCAGUCUCCCCCUGCCCGACUGGUACUGAAGGACCCCCCCUAUUUCACGGUGCUACCAGGCUGGGAGUACAGACAGGAGGCAGGGAGGGAGCUGUUGAUUCCUUGUGCUGCUGCCGGAGACCCCUUUCCCAUCAUCGCCUGGAGAAAGGUCCUCUCGGAAACGGGGGAACCGUCUGCCUUGCCACGACCGGAGAGACCGGAUCCCCUGCCGGUGGCCGGCGGUGUCCCCUGGGCCGCGCAGGUAGGGAAGCCCAGCAGGAGCAAGCACAACACGCUGCCCGGCGGGACCCUGCAGAUCCGCUCCCUCGGCAAGGACGACCACGGCGAGUGGGAGUGCGUCGCCACCAACAUCGUCGCAAGCAUUACUGCCAGCACCCACCUGACCGUCGUAGGGACAAGCCCUCACGCCCCGACCAGCGUGCACGUCGUGGCCGCCAUGACCUCAGCCAAUGUCUCCUGGGAGCCCGGCUAUGACGGUGGAUACGAGCAGACUUUCUCAGUUUGGUACGGCCCUCUGAUGAAGAGAGCCCAGUUUGGACCCCAUGACUGGCUGUCUCUCCCUGUGCCAGCUGGUUCCAGCUGGCUGCUGGUGGAUACCUUGGAACCAGAGACUGCCUACCAGUUCAGUGUCUUGGCUCAAAACAAGCUGGGCACCAGCUCCUUCAGUGAGGUGGUCACUGUGAACACUCUAGCAUUCCCUGUAACAACUCCAGAGCCUCUGGUGUUGGUUACCCCACCGAGGUGCCUAACAGCCAACCGGACACAGCAAGGCGUCCUCCUGUCGUGGCUCCCUCCUGCCAACCACAGCUUCCCCAUCGACCGCUACAUCAUGGAAUUCCGUGUGGCAGAGAAGUGGGAGAUCCUGGAUGAUGGCAUCCCGGGCUCUGAGAGCGAGUUCUUUGCCAAGGACUUGUCCCAGGACACCUGGUACGAGUUCCGCGUGCUGGCGGUCAUGCAGGAUCUCAUCAGCGAACCCAGCAACGUCGCUGGCGUGUCCAGCACAGAUGUUUUUCCUCAGCCUGACCUGACGGACGAGGGCCUAGCCCGCCCGGUGCUGGCUGGCAUCGUUGCCACCAUCUGCUUCCUGGCUGCUGCCAUCCUCUUCAGCACACUCGCCGCCUGCUUCGUCAACAAGCAACGCAAACGCAAGCUCAAGCGCAAGAAAGACCCUCCUCUCUCGAUAACCCACUGCAGGAAGAGUUUGGAGUCCCCGUUGUCUUCCGGCAAGGUGAGUCCCGAGAGCAUCCGCACGCUCCGUCCCCCCUCGGAGUCCUCUGACGACCAGGGCCCUCAGGCCAAGCGGAUGCUGAGCCCCACCAAGGAGAAGGAGCUCUCUCUUUACAAGAAGACCAAACGAGCCAUCAGCAGCAAGAAGUACAGCGUCUCCAAGGCGGAGGCCGAAGCUGAGGCCACCACUCCGAUCGAGCUCAUCAGCCGCGGGCCGGACGGACGUUUCGUCAUGGACCCAGCGGAGAUGGAGCCCUCCCUAAAGACACGGCGGAUCGAGGGCUUCCCCUUCGUGGAGGAGACGGACAUGUACCCCGAGUUCAGGCAGUCAGACGAGGAGAACGACGACCCCGUCGUCCCCGCCUCUGUGACCGCCCUGAAAGCCCAGCUCACCCCUCUCUCCUCCAGCCAGGAGUCCUACCUUCAGCCACCAGCAUACAGCCCCCGGUUCCACCGGGCGCUGGAGGGUCCUGGCGCCCUGCAGGCCACCGGCCAGGCCCGCCCGCCAGCCCCCCGGGCUUUCCACCACCAGUUUUACGGUUACCUCAGCAGCAGCAGCCCCGGGGAGGUGGACCCGCCGCCCUUCUACAUGCCAGAAGUCAGCCCGCUGAGCUCAGUCAUGUCCUCCCCACCGCUGCCCCCCGAGGGGCCCUUCGGACACCCCACCAUCCCUGAGGAGAAUGGGGAGAAUGCCUCCAACAGCACGCUGCCCCUGGCCCAGACCCCCACGGGGGGCCGGUCCCCCGAGCCCUGGGGCAGGGCCGAGUUCCCCUUUGGCAGCCUGGAGCUGGCCCCUGCACCGUUCCCCCACCAGCUCCAGCCCUGUGAGGCGGCCGAGGGCUCCCAGCCCACGGGCUGCCUUCCUCGGGGGCCACCACCCUCCUCCCUUCAGGUGGUCCCCGCAUCCUACUCGGGCAUCCUGCCCCUGGAGGCACCAAAGAGCUGGACCGGCAAGUCACCGGGCAGGGGUCAAUCCUCCGUGCCCACUACCACCAAGUGGCAGGACAAACCUAUGCAACCCAUGGGAUGUCAAGGGCAGCUAAGACAUACCAGCCAAGGUAUGGGCAUACCCGUGUUGCCUUACCACGAACCGUCCGAGCCCGGCGGCCCCAGCGGCACAAGCACAUUUAGCCUGGACACCAGGUGGUACGAGCCCCAACCCCGACCUCGGCCCAGCCCUCGGCAGGUCAGGAGGGCUGAGCCCAGUUUACAUCAGGUGGUGCUACAACCUUCAAGGCUUUCUCCUCUGACCCAAAGUCCCCUGAGCUCCCGCAACAGCUCCCCGGAGCUGACUGCCCGCGCCCGGCCCCGCCCGGGGCUCAUCCAGCAGGCAGAGGUGUCGGAGAUCACGCUGCAGCCGCCCGCGGCCGUCAGCUUCUCCCGCAAAUCCACGCCAUCCUCCACGGGAUCUCCGGCGCCGAGCAGCCGUGGGGACAGCCCCAGCUUCCGACCUACCACCGCCUUCACCCCCGUGGGCACUGGCUUCUCCAACUCCCAGGGCUCCUCCCUGCCCGUGGACACCAUGGAUGUUUUCGGAGACAUCCCUUCUCCAAGGAGGGCUGGCGAGGAGAUUCUCCAACCGGAGCCGACAUCCACCACCACGGUAGCCGCCACAGGAAAACGUCCAUCUCCGCCCGGGGACGCUGCUGCACCUGAGAGGCUCGAAGCUCUGAAAUACCAGCGGAUAAAGAAGCCCAAAAAGUCAUCCAAGGGCUCCUCGAAAUCCAGAAAACAACCCAAUGGCUCUGCCUCCCAGGUUCAGCACCCUCCCAGCUCUCAGGUACUGUCACCUGACGAAGCUGUCUGCCUCCGCAAGAAGAAGAGACACCCUCGUCAGGAUCCCUUCGCCCGGCUCUCAGCGCUGAAGGACGACCUCUGCCACCGGCAGCUCCCUGAAGACCAGACAGCCAUUCUCAACAGCGUGGACCACGAUGACACCAGUGGACACGCCACCCUGCUCUAGCCUAGCACCGGUCCCAGGAGGUGGAACAGGAGCGGUGGAGGGAGCUGGUGUCACAUCACGGGGGGAUGGAGGUGAUGGGAAAGAGGGGGGGACACCCCUAAGCUGUCACCUCUCUGAGGGGUUCGGUGGCUCACGGCGGGGACGAGCUGGGGUACCCGGGGGAUGCUUUGGGGAGAAUGCUUUGGGCUGGGUGUUCCUCAAAUCCACUUCUGCCUCACCCCAAACAGUUUGGGUGGGGUGGGAAAGGGGUGUUGCUCCUCGGUUUUGGAAAAGAUCUCUAGGCUUCAAAGGCAUGGAUGGAGCUUUUGACAUUUGCGUCGGCAGCGCGCAUUUAGGGGGAAAGUGUGGGAUUGAGCAGCUGGCCCUCAAUCGCCAGAAGAAGUUGAAUGACACAGGGUGUAAUUAAGUGACAAGAACCUAACAACCCAGGCGGGAACUGGUAAUCCCAUGAAUCUGAUUAUGAUAAACACAUGACCAAAUAAUUCCAGGAAAGCUGUAAUUGUGAAAAUCUCCCUUCCUCCCCCCUUCCCCCCUCCUUUGACGUGAAGGUAACAGCAGCAAAACCACCCGUGACAUCUUUCCUUACCUAUGUCUGAAAGGGAAAAGCCAGAAAGACCCCGAGCCUUCAAAUCAAUGUGAGAAAUCACCAUUUGUCUGUGCAAAUGCACUUGAGCCUCGGUAACGUGUGCUUGCUGCCGUGCGAGCGCGCAGGUGUGGGGCUGAUGAGAUCUGAGGGUGUUUCCCCCUCCAGGUGUGGCGUGUGCCGGCUUUGGUGAGGGUGGGUUUGAUUAAUUCUGCCCGACACUCUGUGUAUCUCAGGCAAAUGUUCUUCAGGGCCACGUGGUGAUGUGAUUUCUUACUGUGUGAUGUUCAAUCCCUACCGAUAACGCAAAGCGGGGAGACGCGGGCGUGGCGAGCGAGCGGGGUUUGGCUGCCUGGUCCCCAAAGCCUCCGUUGGCAGGUGCUGAGCCCCAGGGAGAGCAUCUGGAAGUGCCCAGCUCUGUGGAUGGACGUGGAUGGCUCCGUGCAAAGCUAAGCCCAGCGUUUCGCGACAGCUUAAAAUAUGUUGCUGCUGGUUUCACCAUUUUUCCCUUUUUCCUUCCUGCUCCAGCCCGGAUGUGUCGGCUGUGACACGUGCCAGGGUUGUGUGCCUCCCUUUGCUCCCUGUUCCCCUUAGUAAUACUGUUCUAACCCUUCACCAGAAUGUAUUUCCUCUUCAGAAUGGGGUAGGUUUGGUGGCUGGUGGUUUUCUGGAUUGCAUAGGCCUUUUUUUUGGUUUGUUUUUAGCAGGCAAGGUGUAACCCGAGAACAGCCGGGCUCACUUUCCUGCUCUGCCUCCACUCUCUGACUGCGUGGCCUUGGGCAAGUCACUUGACCUCUCUGUGCCUCAGUUCUCCCAUCUGUAAAAUGGGGAUAAGUCAUAUUUGAGCACUUUGGACAAGCACUUGGUGGCCUACAGACUGCAAGUGCUAUGUAAAUGCUUAGUGCUAAUAUCAAGCAAUCCCUACCUUUAAAAUAUUUAGAGUUGGUUCUUUUUUUUUUUGUUUGAAGUGGUAAAAUCAACCACUGCAUCCAGGUUUGCACAGUUCUUCCUCUCUGGUAAAGUGCUAAACCCUCCAGCCUGCCUGGGAAUAAAACACCGAGUGUUUCAUGUAGAUAUUCUUGCUUUGAGUGGAUUCAAGCUGUAGAAAAAGUGUCAGGAGAGCUGGAGAGCCUGCAGGCAUGUUUUUAGCCCCAGGCUCUCUAUUUGCAUAUGAAACUUUUGUUUAUUCCCAGGUAGAAUUGCCAAGAGAUUCUCUGCAAUCUCGCCUUUAAUUCUGCUUUGCCUUGGUUUUUGCUCUUGCUGCUGGUUGAACUUCCAAGGGCUGAGAUGUUUGGAGGAAGACGUGAGCUCUCGGUUGUGAUCUGGCUCUCUGACCAUGCCACGCUUUUAGGUCAGAGCCUGUUGAUUGCUCUGCCUCCACAUACCUGGUUUUAGAGGUUGUGCUUCCUUUCCCAGCAGGAUGCUCGGGAACCUGUGGCCACCAAAAGCAGAGCGCCGUGUCUUUUCCAAUCUUCAGGCCCUAAGUAAGGUUUGAACCACUGGACAAUGAAUCCUCUAAAUCGAUAACCAGAUAUUUCUGAGCUUUAACAACUUUCUCAAACCAUCACCAGGUUUGUCUUGGGAAGGAGGGAGGGUCUGGCAGAAACGCCUCUCUCUUUCCAGCCUGCACCAGGGCUUUUUAUUGACGUGACGAGUGACCUGACGUAAGAACCUCAACUCUCAGAGUGAGAACUCAACCUUGCUAACAGUAUGACGGCGAAUUUCUUUUCUUUGGGUGUGUUUUUAGGGUUUUUCCCUAGAACCUGCUCGGAUCUGAAUUGAUUUAAUGCCAUUCUCCCGCUCGGCAGCGGGGAAAACUCUGCCUGGCUUGGCCAACUUCAGCUCACCGGUCACUCCAGCCGGGCUGCUCCUGAUGGACAGGUGACCCUCGGGGCCGGGGGAGGCGUGGAGGCUCUGUGCUACCUGUGCUGUGGCCAACUUGCUCUUCCUUUUGCUCUCAUUGCCUCAGCCUCUGGAACAGAGGGUUGCUUUUCCAUUUGAGUGCUUUCCAAACGAUUUACGACACCCGUUCGGAUGGGCCAGGCGCUGUCUUCAGGCUCUUGAGGUUUCUACCUCAGGACUAUGCCCCAUCCUAUCUUAAGGAGCUCUAGAGGACUUGGAGUGCAGGGCAGGUUGACAGAGCAUGCUGGCUUGCUGGGUCAGUCUUUUGAGAUUUGUUUUCCUUUUGCAGGUGUUUUGAGCCACUGGGCUUUUCAUGGUCUUCGACCUUUAGAGGCUGGAGCUGCAGCCCUCUCUCUUUCAGCCGUGUACCUGCCACGCUGCUGGAGUGGGAAAUCCCGCCCGGGCGCCUCGUGGAAGCAGCUCCUCCCUAAAACCAUCCUUAACUCCUUUCCCUGCUAGACCGAGUUACCUUCCGAUAGACUCGGGCCGUGCUUUGGCUGACUGGCUCGCCUCUUGCUUUGGCAACCUCCUCGCUUCUCCAAACCCUCUGGUUUCCAUGCCCUUCAGGGUUGCUCCUCUCUCCUUCCGUGGACCUGGAAACAUCGAAGCCGUGUCAGACGAUGCCAAACACUUCCCCCAUUUCACCCCCGUUUGAACUCCGUGUCGCUUUGGUGGUUUGCAAACACAGCUGCUGUCGCUGCUGCUGCUGCUUCUUCAUUUUUAUUUUUUUUUUCUUUCCUUUCAUGCUGCAAAAUAUAUCUUGAUUUUUAUCUUCCUGGGCCAAACUCUCUUAUUUUCUAAGCUGGUCUGAGGUAGAUGGCUCUUUCUGUAUCAGUAACUGUACAAUUCCUCCUUUCACAUUGUGAACAUGAUGUUCCAUUAGGUCCCUUGGCAAAUCUGGCCCACGAUGAAGAAAUUCCUCUGAAUCACAAGGAUAUUGUCCCUGGGCUCUGCUGGGGUGUCAGUGCAGGGGUUCCAGCCCAGUUUUGGGGGGUCCUUGCUAUGAUUCUCCCUGCAAGGUGGCCAUGGUGGGGAUGCUCCAGCACUGGUUUCAUGCCACCUUGGGGGUUGCAGGACUGGGGUACCCUGAACUGGGGGAGGUGACAUGGAGAGGUGGGUACAGGAUGCUCCUGGGAUCCUGUGGAAGAGGGGUGCUCCUGAGGUGCUGCCCCUUGCAGUCCAACAAUGAGUCCUGGAGCAGGAAGGGAAAAAGGGCAGGGAAAGUGCUUUGCCUGCUUUUCCAGCAGGACUUGCUGAGCUCUCAUCCACGUGUUUGGAAGGUGACUUUGCUGUGCAGCCCCAGCAGCGUUUUGGUUCUGCAGUGUUGAUGUGAAGGGAAAUGCAAGUUAGUGUAAGGGUGGGAGAGGGAGCGUUCAGGGCUUGUUUGUGGGGCCCCGUUUCUGUGCCUGCUACUAACAGCACCCACAGGCACAGGGAGCAAUGAGUUUGUGGGAGGGGGGAGCUGCAAGGUCCCAGGGCCCCUUCCCAGUCUGAACUUUGGCAUGGUUUGCACUCUGCCCCCUGAGCUGAGAGGUCUCUGUGAGCCCCCAGGGGGUCUGUGUGAGCUGAGGAUGCUUUUCCUGGGAGGAUUCUCAUUCCUGCUCCCCUGUGCUGGUCACCUGUGACUUGGAGGCUGCUUUGGGGCACUGGGGGACUCCAGGCUGUUCAUCUGGUGUCUGUCACCUUGUCAGCUGGCUCAGUGCCACCUGCUUUGGAGGAAGGCUGGAGGUGAUGCUGUUUGGAUAUAGAAAUGUAAAGGGCAUAUAAAGGGAAGAACAGCUUGCUGUACCUACCUCUGGGAGUGUUAAGGACAUUGGAUAUGGAAUCAGCAGCCCAGGCAUGGUCCUGGCAGGGCUUAGUCAUGUCUGGUGGCAUCCAGACAUGGCACACAUUCCAGACUCAUUGCUGCUCCCACCUUACUGUCUGUAUUAGGACAAAAUCUGCCUGGCAUUUUGGUUUCUCUUCCUGCUUCAGGCAGUGACGUGGAUUUGGGAGUUCUCGGAGUUUUGGGUUGGUUUCAGCUGUAGCUCUUGUCUGGAGGUAUUUUUCCAUGAGGCUGGACCUUCAGGGAUUUCCACAUGUCCCACAUGGGCUCGCUGCAGCCCCGGACUGAAGUCAGGGCUUUUUUGGAAGGAAAUCUUCUCAAGGAACCGGAGUAAAACCCACUGUACAUAUGAGAUAUAAAUAGAUAGAGAAGAGUAGGACAAAGGUAGAUAGGUUUGCAGAAUUCAGUAGAUUUGCAUGUCGGGGUAUGUGUGUGUCAUGGGGAGAGUUUAGAGCUGUGCUGGAGCGGGGGAUCAGGAUGGGCAAAGCUGGGAAGGGGCUGGGAGCAGCUGCAGCCUGAGGGGAAUGUGGGGAUGGAGAGGUGCUGGUGUGAGCUGCGCUGUGGCCCUGCUGCACACAACAAUUGCUCUGUUUCUUUAUUUCAUCCCCAGUUUUUAGCUUUGCUUUGUUCAUGGUCUGUGCCUCACCCCUGGGCCGUGAGAUGGAGGAGCAGGAGGGACAGGUCCUGUGCUCUGCGUGUCUGAGGCACGUGGGGCGUGACACGGGACACGACAUGGGGGGGGAUGUCACAUUGCCUCAGCUCUGGUGCCAUUGCUUAAAGAAAAAGCUGCACCACGCAAAAACCCUUCCCUCAAGUCCCUCUAGAUGCUGCUCUCUGGUUACUCGUGUGAAAGCAUUUUGCUUUGCGUCUGUUCUUCCCAGAGAAGCGUGAGUCAGAAGGGAUGAGAGAGGGAUACAGCUAAAUUUGUCCCCUGAGCUGAGGAAUGCAGCACUGGCUGUGCCAGCCAGCCCCAGCAGUGAUUCCUGGGAGGGACAAAAUGUUCUUGACAGUGUGUUUUUAUUUUAAACCUCAUUAGCAGGACUUUGAGGAUCUGAGGCAGAGAGGGGAUUUGGUCACCAGUGAAGCCAGAGCUGGUACUGACCCCAGGCACAGGGGCAGCUGGAUUCAGGCUGGAUCCCACUCCUCUCCCAGAGCCAUCCCUGUGCUGUUUGGGCACAGGGUAGCCCUUACAGAAAGCAGGAUAUUUACUCCCAUUUUGCCCCUUCAGCUUAAUUAUUUUUGGGGUUUUUUUUCUGUUUUUGAGUGUCUUGACUCCUCUCUGCCCAUGUUUGUGGGAAGGAGAGGUGGGAAGUGCAGUUGUUCCCGUUAGAGAUCUGUCAGGGAAUGCUUGAUCCAGGAACUGAGGGCUGGGAAGCAGCGACCAGAUUUGGCAACACUGGUGCCAGCAAAAGAAGAAACUUAAUAUUGCAUUCAAUUUCCAUCAGCUGGCACAUCCCCAAGCAGGGAGGACCAGUGUGGUUGUGGGAGGGGACGGGAGAUGGGAGCCUGUUCCCCUGCCUGGGUGACUGGGAUGAGAGGGAGCCGUGUUUGCCUGUUUUCCCCAAUUUUGGGUGUUUUGGCACAGCUGGCUGAGCUCUUUUCCUCAGCAUUGCGUGACAGCAGGAUGAGCAUCCCCAGUCCUGGGGCUCUGGCUGACUUUUGAUAUGUGCAUGGAUGGAGGAAGGACCUGGGGAGGGGGUGGGCAGGGAGAGGGGCUGGUCCAGGCUUGGGGUGUUGGAUGAGGCAAGCAUGUGCUGUAGAGGUAGAUAAGGAUUUUUGUACUGGUUGCAGUGGGGUGGGAAAUGCAGCAUGGAGGGGCUGGCAUCCCCCAUGGAGGACAGUUUGCCCAGAUUUUAUAUUUACCAUCAAAAUGACACUUUCUCUCCCAGGAGGGCUUUUAUUCUUGUUCUCCUGAGGUUGCAGGGCUGCAAAAGAGGGUGCCCAUCUUCCUGGGUCUGAAAGCUCCUUGGAUUUCCACCCACUCCCCCCCCAGCACUUAGAUGAAAAUAAAACACACAAAAAAAAAAGACUUGAGAAAUGAGCCCCAGUAUCUCUAUCUAAAGAAAUGAUAUUGGUGUAUUGAAACCGCAUUGUAUAUAAAAUUAAACAAAUAUAUAUUUACUCUCUAUUUUAGAAGGGGGGGAGAAUAAAUAUUUAAAAUAAUUCGUUAGUAAUAGGUGUCAGAAACUACUGUGCAGCAUGAGAGAGGCUGUCAGAGGUGGGGAGAGUCUCAACAGCAGGAGCAGAGCGAGUAUUUUUACAUUAUAUUGCGCUUCAGCUUCUCUGCUUCUCCAUCCACCUAUAAAUAGACAAAAAUAUAUAUACAAAUAUAUAUAAAUAUAUAUAUAAAAUUAUAUAUAUCUAAGUCACAUAGCUGUUUUAUUUUUGUAUCCAUGCCUAGUGCUGUUUGAGCAAUACAGUGGCGAGGGAGAGGAGGGCUGGGCCAGGCUGGGGGGCUUGCAGUGCUCCGGGGGAUCCGCCCUCUCCGGGCCCAGCAUCACCACUGUUUGCUGUUUCAGUAGGGAAAAACACUAAAAAGGGACAAAAUCCCAGGAUGGGGAAGCCUGGGCUUCCUGCCAGCUUGCCCAGGGCCGUGGCGAGGUGGUGCUUCCACUGAGGGCUGUCUUGGGCUUUUUUUUCUUAGAGAAAAAAGACAAAUUUCAGCUCACAGGAGCAUCAUCCUGGGGGGGUGGCACAGGGUGGGGACACGCUGUGGGGACAGGGUCCCCACGCUGCUGCCUCCCUGGUCACCUGUCUUUGCUGUCCUCAUAAACCUCGAGGGUUUCUGAAACCCUCCUGCAGUUGGUGGAGCCCCUCAGAGCCACCCAGGUGGCCACAGUGGGAUUCUCCAGGUCCCUGCACCCGGCUGGAGCGGGGAACCUGCUCCGUAGGGAAUGUCAGUACCUGUCCAGGAGAGUCCUGGGGCUUCUUGGUGCUGUGGGGUCCACUGGGGCAGGAUCUGGGGCUCUCUCUGCCUGAAUGGGUGGGAUUUGAAGCUCUCCCUGCCUGGAUGAGGUGAGGGGCUCCCCAUGUCCCUCUGGAUGGGCUGUGGGGCUCUCCCUGUCCCUCUGGAUGGGAUCAGGGGCUCUCCCUGUCCCUAUGGAUGGGAUCUGGGGCUCUCCCUGUCCCUGUGGAUGGGAUCUGGGGCUCUCCCUGUCCCUAUGGAUGGGCUGUGAGGCUCUCCCUGCCUGGAUAGAUGGGAUCUGGGGCUGUCCCUGUGGAUGUGAUCUGGGGCUCUCCCUGUCCCUGUGGAUGGGAUCUGGGGCUCUCCCUGUCCCAAUGGCUGAGGUGGCAUCGAGCCCUGGCACGGUGGGGGAUGUGCUGGGGAUAUUUGGGGCUUUUCCUGCAGGGCAGUACAGACCCGCCGGAUCCCUGCCCCCUUCCCCCUGGGCCGUGGGAGGACAAGGAGCCAGUUUGGGACUGAGCAAUGCCAGGGAGCUGCAAACCACCCCUCUGCCUUCGCUAGGGCACGAUUUGGGGAUUGUCUUUGGGCUGUGGCGACCGGGACUUCGCUCCCCUCAGCCUGUGUCCCACAAUCCUGGGCUCUGGGGGGGUCCAGGUGCUGUUGUUUGGGCUCAGAUGUCCCUGAGGGGACAGUGGCACAGCCCUGGAGUGCUUACACCCCUCCAGAGCAGGCAGAGGUCCCUCAGCGUGGUCAUGCCGUGUCCCCAUGGCUGAGGCACUCCCAGGAGCUGGCCCCUCGCAGCAGCCCCGUGUCCUCUGUAGGUGUCACCUGUAUUUUCCAUGAUAUUUCUCUCUCUUCUUCGUCGGGUCGGGGGGGCUGGGGUGGGGGAUGUUUCUAAAUAUCCAGCCGAGAUUUGUUCAGCACCAAUUCUUGAUAUCGAAGCAAAGCAUGUUUGGUGGGACUAACUUGCAUUUAUUAGCGGUGAAUACAUAAGUGAGUAUUUUAUAUGUUAAAAAAAACAAACAAACGUCCAAAAAAAAAAAAAAAAGAAAAAAAAAAAAGGAUGUCAGGAGAAAGAGAAGGGAUGAGAUUUCUCACCGCUCGGUGUCCGGGCUGGGGGGCUGCCUUGCCCCCCCCCGGUGGGGCUUUGGGUAUUGCUGGGGGUGGGCAGGGGGGCGGGCAGCUUUCUCCUUUCCCCAUCUCCCCUGGAAUCACUUACAGAAAAAAAACAGGCAAAGGAAAGCUAGAAAUGUUUACAAAGCACACUUCCCACAGUACCGUUAACCCUCUGGAUGCCAAACAGACACAUCAGGAGCUGCCCCUCUCUGCCCUCAGGGGUGGUGGCUCCCACAGCAUCGUCCUGCUUCCCGUGGUUUCUUUGGUUUGGUUUUUUUGGACACCAUCCCUGCUGCCUCCAUCCAUGUGCACCUGCCUGGAACUUGCUGUCCAGGGGGGUUUGCUUCUGCCCCCUCCCAGGCUCUUCCUGCUCGGCUGGCAGCUGUGGGAAGCGCCUGUCUCUGCUCGGGAGGUUCUGGCUCGGUGGGAGAUGCUGGCACUCACUCCUUGCCCUCCCAGAUGCACUUUAAGGCCAAACUUCCCUUCUUCCCCUCUCUGGGGCUGGCACAGGGCAGGCAGGGGAUGCUCCCGUGGCCCCAGGGGGUGCAGGACCUUCCACACAUCUGUGCAGGCUCUUGUCCCUCGGCAUUUCCCGUGUGGGGAAGCCCUUUGGAAAUCCUGGGAAUGCCCACGUUGCCAUAAGGUUCAUCCUUUGGGCAUUAGGGGAUCACACCUGCACUCCAGCUCCUCGGGGAGCAGCCCUGGGUCCCCCUGGGAGCAUCUCCAGCUCUCCCAUGGGAGCAUCCCUGGCUCUCCAGGGGAGCCCAGACUUUUUAAUCCCCUUUUAAUAGGUUUGUAGACUCUCUGAACCCUCGUAGACCUCCAUAGGUAGCUCUUGAUUUCAUCCCCUCCUAACCCCAUAGUGUUUUCCCCUAAGGCAGGAUUUUCUUCCAGACCCAACGCCUCUCUGGUUGCGUGGGACAACUUUUUCCUCUUUUUAAGAAGAAUUUCUUGCCUCUGGAUAUAAAGACUAGACCAUCCAACCUCGUUUCCAUCUCUUGAAUGUCGAGUAUUACGAUGUAUAACACACGUUAGGGUGCUCUUUGGUGCUGUUUCAAUGGUAACCAGUGGAACUGACUUUUUUAAAUAACAAUAACAAUAAAAGAAACUUUAGUGCCGCUGGUUCCAUAACGUUCCUUGUCGUGACCUUUUUUUUUUAAUUAUUUUUUUGGAAGUUUUGUUAGGGUUUUAGUUCUUUUUUUUUUUUUUUUAAUUCUUUUUGAAUUUUUACUAAACAGUGAGUAGCAAUCAGCUGCCGGGUUUCUGUGGUGUUGAUUUUAGUGACUGGUGGCUGCUGUAAGCUGGGCGGGCUGUGUCUCAACUUAGUGGGAUUUGGGAUCAAGUAGCUUCAUUAUGGAACUGCACACAGCAAAACGAGCAUUUGAUGGGAGCCCAGACGGCAACUAGAGGGUUAAUUUUUGAACUUUCAGGUAUGUUCCUCAGACGAAAAUAAUAAUAAUAAAAAAUAAUUAAAAAAAAAAAAAAGAUAAGAGAAACAAAACACUAUUUUUUCAGUAAGCUUUUUUUUUCUGUAAACGAUUUACAAAUAAAUCUGACAUGAUGGUGCUGUACCAAAGCCUUAUACGAAACUUAUUCCGCUCUCUCUAUAAUCUCUCUGUAUCUGUAUUGUUGCUCUCGGCCUCCGCCAAGGCCAGGAAAUGCCAGCAGGAGGGACCGAUGGCCGCGCUGCCAUCGGCAUCCCUGGAAUUCCCCGGGAUGGGAAUCGUCAUUCCCCGGAAUUCCCGGCCCGCGGGGAGGGAAAGCCAAAUUUCAGCAUCACUCCCCAGGCGUGCGAUGAGGGGCACAAGAGGGGGUCCCUCACCCCAAACUCUCCUUCCGACUGGGUGCUAUCCUGCCCUGGGCAGGGAUCCGAGACCUCGCCGGGAGCGCUGCCCGCUGCUCCCGGCAUCCCCACGGCGGCUCCGAGGGCGUUUUACCCACCGAGCCCCCUCCUCCGGGGGAUCUCACAUCUUCCAGCUCAGCCCGACCUCCGCAGUGCUCGGCCGAGGCAGACCCCUGGCUCUGCCCUGCGAGCCCUCCCCCAGCCCUUCCCCUGGAGAGCUGGGGCUGCUUUGAUAGCUCGAAGCAAUAAUCCCACUCUGCCAAGAAAGUUGGGUCCUUUUGGCUCUUGGACUGUUGCCAGUUAAUGAGUAAAUGCUCAUAAGCCAACAAAAAGUGGAAGAAACGAGAGUUUGAAGCCCUGCCUUACUGGGAGUAGCUGGCCCCUCGGUCUCUGCCUGUUGGAAUUUUAAGGCCUGCUGAGUACUUAAUUUAUCGCCGGUAACAUUGCAUGUUCAUAGAUUGACUUCUUGAGUUGAUUUUUUUCUUAUUUUAAUGUACCCACUAUAAGAAAUUCUGGCAGUGUUGCAAUGUUACGUACAACUAGCCAUGCUGUAGGAGAAUGAUGGGUUUUGGAAUCGAUUAACUUGCUCCUCAUGUAACAUUACCCUGCUUCAGAAAUGUUUUGUAUUUUGAUAUAAAUAAACAUUUGCUAAAAAAAAUA